AUGAGAGAGAUAGUCCACAUCCAGGCCGGACAGUGCGGUAAAUACGUCCCCCGGGCUGUGUUGGUUGACCUGGAACCAGGAACCAUGGACAGCGUUCGCUCAGGAGCCUUCGGACAACUCUUCAGACCGGACAACUUCAUCUUUGGUCAGACAGGUGCGGGGAACAACUGGGCCAAAGGUCACUACACGGAGGGGGCGGAGCUUGUGGACUCGGUCCUGGACAUAGUGAGGAAGGAGUGUGAGCACUGCGACUGUCUCCAGGGUUUCCAGCUGACUCACUCUCUGGGGGGGGGCACCGGCUCGGGUAUGGGCACCCUGCUGAUCAGCAAGAUCCGGGAGGAGUUCCCGGACCGGAUCAUGAACACCUUCAGCGUCAUGCCCUCACCGAAGGUGUCGGACACGGUGGUGGAGCCCUACAACGCCACCCUGUCCGUCCACCAGCUGGUUGAAAACACAGACGAGACCUACUGCAUCGACAACGAGGCCCUCUACGACAUCUGCUUCCGCACUCUUAAGCUCACGACGCCCACCUACGGCGACCUCAACCACCUGGUGUCGGCCACCAUGAGCGGCGUGACGACCUCGCUCCGUUUCCCCGGGCAGCUCAACGCAGAUCUCCGCAAGCUGGCCGUCAACAUGGUGCCGUUCCCCAGACUGCACUUCUUCAUGCCGGGGUUCGCUCCUCUGACGGCGCGGGGCAGCCAGCAGUACCGGGCGCUCACCGUCCCCGAGCUCACCCAGCAGAUGUUCGACGCCAGAAACAUGAUGGCGGCCUGCGACCCUCGCCACGGGCGCUACCUGACCGUCGCCACCGUCUUCCGCGGGCCGAUGUCCAUGAAGGAGGUGGACGAGCAGAUGCUGAACGUCCAGAACAAGAACAGCAGCUACUUCGUGGAGUGGAUCCCCAACAACGUGAAGGUGGCGGUCUGCGACAUCGCCCCCCGGGGGCUCAAGAUGGCCGCCACCUUCAUCGGCAACAGCACGGCCAUCCAGGAGCUGUUCAAGCGCAUCUCGGAGCAGUUCUCGGCCAUGUUCCGCCGAAAGGCUUUCCUGCACUGGUUCACGGGCGAGGGCAUGGACGAGAUGGAGUUCACGGAGGCGGAGAGCAACAUGAACGACCUGGUGUCCGAGUACCAGCAGUACCAGGAGGCCACCGCCAACGACGGCGAGGAGAACUUUGAGGACGAGGAGGACGAGAUCGUGGAGAGCUGGAAUGCAGAGCGACAGUUUGACGAGCCAAUCAGAGAGCAGGACGACAACUUAAGCCCAAUCGAUUAG